CUGUUAUAAAGGCUUAUAAGAAUAGCUUUAUUCUGUAUAGCUACAAGAUCUGCUGUCUACACAGAGUUACAGAAAAGGAUGAAUAGCUAGCUAACUGAAAACUUGAAAGUGCUUUCUACACAGGGAAACAAAUCUGAAGAUUUACAUACAGAUACAAAAAUUGGAUGGUUCGAGUAUAGAGAAUUUUCAUGAAGCUCUAUACAAGUUAUAAAGCUAAAUACAGCUCCACAUUUGACAGCAACAUCAUGCUUUCUUCACCUUCACAACUUCGCUAGCCUUGAUUUUUUUUUGUUUUUUUUACUUUCUUGCGUAUGUUCUAUAGCCAUAUAUGGAGCGAAUUUUUAACCUCUCUGCGAAAUUUACUAGCCAAUAGGAUGCGACCAAAAUGACCAUAAAUGGAAGACACAAGACCGUACAUAGGCAUAACUUUCGCAGGUAUUCCUGCGAAAAAGACUAUCUGCGAAACAAAGUAGAGAUUCAACACCUCAGCCUGCAAAACAAAGAGGAUACUGUUAAAUCCUGCGAAAACGAAGUGCAAAGCGCAAAGCUUGUGUGCACCGCUCGGGAAAAGAUUUGUGCCGGAUGCACAAUUGGUGCGCCCAUCCAUGGGUUGGCGGUGGCGGUGGAAAAAACGACGUGUUGAAAUGAAAAAAGUAUGUCAGUCGAUCGCAGAGCCUGACUGACGCUGCCUACGCCCCUGAUAUUCAUUAUAUUUUGGACAUGAUAAUAGCACCGUUUAUAAAUAAGUUUGAAUUAAAAGCAAACAGAAAAAGAUAUAAAAACAACAUGGACACUAAAAUGGAGAUAACCAUAUUCUAUGAGCUUUUUGAAAUUGUUUUAUCUCUAUCGUAUUACUUUUGCAAACAAAACCUUGUGGCGAUAAAAAGGAAAUCAAAACAUGCAUUGUUUCCGAUUCGUACUUAUUAUUUAUAGAAAGUCGCAUCGUCUUUCGUUAUAGCUCUUGGCAUUUAGUUGUUUGCCACGUGACAAUAAAAAUUCUCUUUUAACCACUUAAGUAGCUACGUGACUGAACACAGUUGUUAUAGGAAGUUCACAUCACAUUGUUGUUCAGAACUCAAAAAGAAAAAAGAGCACUGGAUUAAAUUUAAAUUGAUUUUUAAAAUUGUGAAGAAGUACUAAACACACUUUGUGAAUAUGGAGAUUACAUUAUAUUUCAGUAUUACAUCUAUAUUAGCCUUUGUAUUGGCUUUUGUUUACGUUUCACGAGGUUUGCUCAAGAAACUUGGUGCAGCUCUUUCAAAACGCAACCAUGCAUUUUUUAGUUACUUUCUAGGCGCUGUUUAUAAUCAAACAGUGCAUGAAUACAAGGUAAAAAUCUUUACAGAAAUAAACAAGCACCUUGAAACUAACAAUGGUGAAGUUAUGGAGAUUGGAGCUGGAAGUGGUGGUAGUUUGUCUUAUUAUUCUAAAGAUAUAGAUAUUAAACUAACAGCUGUGGAGCCAAAUCAACAUUGUCGACAAUACUUGGAGAAAAAUUUAAAAAAAUACGAUAAUAUUCAACUAAAAGAUUACAUUGAAAAUGUCGGUGAAGAUUUAAAAGAUAUACCCAGCAACUCUAUUAUGUGUAUUGUUAUAACAAUUGUCCUGUGCUCUGUCGAAAACCAAAUAAAAGUAUUAGAAGAAAUAAAGCGUGUUUUGAAGCCUGGUGGAAAGUAUUUUUUUAUGGAGCAUGUUGUUGCGGAGAAAGAAACAUCGAUUUAUCAUUUUCAAAAACGUUUUAGUAAGUUUUGGAGUUUUUGUUUUGACAGUUGUAAUCUCGACCGUGAUACAGGUACAUUCAUCAAGAGAGCUGGCUUUUCAGAAGUGGAAAUAAAAUCAUUCGAUGCAAAUUUUAACUACUUUUUUAAAGGAUUACGUCCUCAUAUAUAUGGCUGUGCUACAAAAUAAUGUCUUAAGGAUCCACAUUUUUCUAACCACACUUAAAGGGAAAGAAAGAUAAACUACUGUUGCA